AUGUCUCGGGCUGCUGCAAAAAAAGAAUGCAUGAGAACUUAUGAGAAUGGAAAGACAAAGUUAAGGGCUUUGCUUAAACAUGUGAAUAAGGUUCAUAUCACAACUGACAUGUGGACUUCUUGUCAAAAACUUUCAUAUAUGGUAGUGAUAUGUCAUUUUAUCGACUCUGAUUGGCACCUUCAGAGGCAUGUCUUGAACUUUUGUAAUGUGCCACCUCCACAUACUGGCCUUCUUAUUGAUGAUACUUUAGAAAAGUGUUUCCAAAAUUGGAGUAUUGAUAAUAAAAUUAGUUCAAUUACUGUUGACAAUGCUAGUUCUAAUGAUGUUGCCAUUCGUAUCUUGAAAGAUUAUUUUAGAUUGAAGAAAACAUUGUCUGUAAGUGGCCAACUGUUUCAUGUACGUUGUUGUGCACAUAUAACAAUUUUACUUGUACAGUAUAGACUUGGGGAGAUUAGGGAUAUUGUUGAUUGUGUUAGAGAUGGUAUAAAAUAUCUGGUAGCAUCAGAGAGUAGGCUAAAACAGUUUAGUGAAAUUGCAAAACAGUUACAAUUGCCCUCAAAGAAACUGAUUUUAGAUGUGCCUACAAGAUGGAACAACACUUAUUUAAUGUUGGAUUCUGCAAUUCAAUUCAAAGAAGUUUUUCCUAGAUAUGGUGAUAGAGAUAGAUGUUUUGAAUGGGUUCCAACUGUUGAAGAGUGGGGGCAAGUUGAAAAUGUUUGUCAACUAUUAGCUAUUUUCAAUGAAGUCACCAAUAUUGUAUCUGGAAGUGAUUACCCAACAACAAACUUAUUUCUUUCUGAAGUUUGGAGAAUGAAGGACAUCUUAGGUAAGAAGAGUAGAGAUGAGAAUGAGUACAUGAAAUCAAUGGUAAGAAAAAUGAGUGCUAAGUUUGACAAAUAUUGGGGGGAGUGUAAUCUAUUAAUGUCAAUUGCUGCGGUGUUGGAUCCUAGAUUAAAAAUGGUCCUGAUCCAGUUUUGUUUUCCUUUAAUUUAUCACGGGCUGGAGGCUGCUAAGAAUAUUGAUCAUGUCUCUGCUAUGUUGCUUGAGUUAUAUAAUGAGUAUGUUCAUGAAUACAAUUCAACUCUUGAGGCACAAAGAGAGCAGGAUAAUGCUCGAAUGAAUGUAUCUGGUUCUUCCUCAAGUGUUAGGACUGGGAGAAGCAUGCAGAGUGGCCAGUCAUUAUUUAAAUCUUUUGUUAGAAGUGUUGAUACCAUGCAGCCUAGUAAAUCAAAACUGGACAAUUAUUUAGAGGAGAGCCUUUAUAUUUGUGAAAAGGGUUCAGAUGCAAGUUUUGAUGCCUUGGAAUGGUAG